AUGCGAGUUUACGAAGCUGGAGACUUCGUCAAUAAGGCCAAAUGUUUUCUGCGAGGACCAGUCGUUCUUGCUCAGUCAUCUCGUUCGAGACCUCAUCGACCCACUCGUCAAGUUCCUCCUGGUCUUCAUCACGCCCAGCGUCGUCUUUGUCACUCCCAUCUUCAACAUCUUGUGCCAUUCCGAUAG